CCAGCACGUCUCCGUCCCCGUCCCCGUCCCCGUCCCGCGCCUCCGCCCCCUCGCUCGCUCCUUCCCGCCCUCCCCGCAGCGCUGGCCCAGCCGGCUUCCCCUCGGUCUCUCAUGAAUAUUGAGCGGCCCCUGUUGUAGUUCCCGAGCUCCAUUGCGGAAGCCCAGGCUCGCCAUAUUGUGCGGCGGCGCCGGCGGCCGCGGCGGCUUGGACCCGAGUCUCGCUCCGGCCGCGGUCAACGGAGUCCGGGCUGGGGCAGGCGCCGCAAUGUCUCAGGCUGUGCAGACAAAUGGAACUCAACCAUUAAGCAAAACAUGGGAACUCAGUUUAUAUGAAUUACAACGAACACCUCAGGAGGCAAUAACGGAUGGCUUGGAAAUUGUGGUUUCACCUCGAAGUCUACACAGUGAAUUAAUGUGCCCAAUUUGUUUGGAUAUGUUGAAGAACACCAUGACUACAAAGGAGUGUUUGCACCGUUUUUGUGCAGACUGCAUUAUCACAGCCCUCAGAAGUGGCAAUAAAGAAUGUCCUACAUGUCGGAAAAAGCUAGUUUCCAAACGAUCACUAAGGCCAGACCCGAACUUUGAUGCACUCAUCAGCAAAAUUUAUCCAAGUCGUGAUGAGUACGAAGCUCAUCAAGAGAGAGUAUUAGCCAGAAUUAAUAAGCACAAUAAUCAGCAAGCACUCAGUCACAGCAUUGAGGAAGGACUGAAGAUACAGGCCAUGAACAGACUACAGCGAGGCAAGAAACAACAGAUUGAAAAUGGCAGUGGAGCAGAAGACAAUGGUGACAGUUCUCACUGCAGUAAUGCAUCCACACACAGCAAUCAGGAAGCAGGGCCCAGUAACAAACGGACCAAAACAUCAGAUGAUUCUGGGCUUGAGCUUGAUAACAAUAAUGCAACAGUGGCAAUUGAUCCAGUAAUGGAUGGUGCUAGUGAAAUUGAGUUAGUGUUCAGGCCUCAUCCCACACUGAUGGAAAAAGAUGACAGUGCACAGACAAGAUACAUAAAGACUUCUGGUAAUGCCACUGUUGAUCACUUAUCCAAGUAUCUGGCUGUGAGGUUAGCUUUAGAAGAACUUCGAAGCAAAGGAGAAUCAAACCAGAUGAACCUUGAUACAGCCAGUGAGAAGCAGUAUACCAUUUAUAUAGCAACAGCCAGUGGGCAGUUCACUGUAUUAAAUGGCUCUUUUUCUUUGGAAUUGGUCAGUGAGAAAUACUGGAAAGUGAACAAACCCAUGGAACUUUAUUAUGCACCCACAAAGGAGCACAAAUGAGCUUUUACUAAAACCAAUCUGGAUAAUGAACUUUUUUUAUAGCCUAUUUCUUUAUUAUUAAAGAUGUAUCAUCAUUACUUUUAUGGACAGUAUCUUGGAUAUGUUGUUCAACUUCCUUCCUGAGCCAGCCUCGUUUAUACUCUUAGGAUCUUUUCCCCUUAAUUUAAGAUUUCCUUUUUGGAAGGGACUACAGUUAUUCAGAACCUUUCUUUCCUUUUAAAAAUAUAUCUAAGUAGUAUGUCUUUACAAAGUAUGGUUUCAUUUGGAGCACUCUUUGACCCAGGAAUUUUCAUAAUUUUGGAUUCUUUUUUUUUUAAUCUCACCUGAGAAUAUGUUUUAUUGAUUUCUAUAAAGAGAAGAAGGGAGAGAAACAUCAAUGUGAGAAACAUCAAUGGUUGCCUCUUGUAUGUGCCCUGACUAGGGUCGAAGCUGCAACCUAGGUAUGUGCCCUGACUGGGAAUUGAACCUGCAACCUUUUGGUGUAUGGGAUGAUGCGCCAACCAGUUAAGCCACCUGGCCAGGGCAUGGUUCUGUAUUCUUAAGAUUCAGUUGGCCAUCUUUUUCCCUCCCCUCAAAAGUUUAGGCCUUACAGAAUGUGAAAUAAUAUGUAUUUUGACUUUUUUUCCCCCUGGAGUCUUGUAUGUUUAUAGUUUUCUAUAUAAGCUAUAGUAUUUCAUGAAGACCAAAGCUCAAAUUUACUGUGUUCAAAAAUCAGUUCUCAUAGGAUUAUUAUUUUCAUGGUCUUAUCUUCCGUAAUCUCUGUCUCUCUUUUUUUUUUUUACAGAAAGGUUCUUUAUGAACUUAGUGUUCAUUGUCAUGCAAUGUUAUUUUUUUUUCUAUUUCUCUCCUACUCUAAUUUUGGAAUUUCUGAUCCUGGGAAAGAAUCAAACAAAAUCUCAAGUUCAGUGAGAACUUGGUUCAUUUACAGAUUUCACUGAAGAAAGAAAUAUUAUAUUGGUCUUAUGUAAUCUCCAGGUAUAUAUUUAAAGAGGUCUUUCUUUUUGUAUUAGUUCUGUCAGUGCAGUUCCUUUAUUAUGUAUGUUUGAUGAUUUUCCUAUUAAAAUAUCAGAGAUAUGGAGAUAUUUUGCACUUUAGCCUCGAUGAAAAGUACAAGAUAUGUUCAAAGCUUCCCCAAUUUUUUCUGUGUUGGUAGCUAUGUAAGUUAAUAACAUGGCAUAUGAACUAAUGAUAUGGGGAAAAAUGUUUGCUUCUGUUUGAAAAAUGUUUUUAGUAUUUUGGGUUGCCAUAUAUCAGUUUAUAAAUUUGGUGCUUUGCUAAUUACACUCUAAAGAAGCAAGUUAACAGAGCUUAGACCUGCCUUGAUAUGUAGUAAAAGAUAAUUCUGUAGAAGGAUGUCAGCCAGGAGAGUAAAAGUCAUUGUCUUCUUAAUUUAGUUUUAUAUUGAGGGACAGUGUUCAGCGUUUGGACCCAGAAGGCUUUAUGAUGGCAGGUCAGAAAUAAGAUGGGAUUAUGUGUUAUUUUUCAUCCCUGUUCUGCUAUCAGGUAUGUUUCCAAGUUUGUAUUAUCACAGUAUUUACAAAGACAUGUUUGCAUUGAGAAAUGGACCCUACAGGGUUUUUACCAGGGGGGAGACAGAACCAUAACUAAAGUCUUAUCUAGAUCUUGGAACUAUUUAUCUGUCAUUUUUGACAUUUUGGGGCCAGCUUGAGGUUUUAAAUCUUCAAUCCAAUAUUAAAACGUAAAGGCUUAUUCAAUUUUUUACCAUUUUACUGAAAAUACUUAAAAUAUGUUUUUAUAGUUUUUUUGGUAAACUGUGCCAUGAAAUUUGAAAACCAUGAAAAGUCACGGGAACUUUUGUAUUCAAUUACUUUUUCUGUUGUAAUGUUACAUUGUAUAGACUAUCAGUGCAUGCCCACUCAAUAUAACCCUGGUUUUGUGAUAUAACUGUUUAGAUUUUAUUGGUGACAUUAGAUUAGUGGUUGCAUUAAAUAACUAAAUUCUCA